AUGGCUUUCUAUUUCCCACUUGCUGUGGCUCUUGUCCUCAUCUACCUCAUUUUCUACUACGUCGUUUAUCCCGCCACUAUCUCUCCACUGUCCAAGAUUCCCUCUGGCCAUCCAAUCGCAUCAUUUCUUCCCAUUUGGAUCUGGUGGAAGCGUCGGAAAGGAUAUGAAACCCGUACCAUCUUCGCCGCUCACCAACGGCAUGGCCCAAUCGUGCGCCUCGCGCCAAACGAAGUCUCAGUCGCGUCCCUCGACGGGCUUCGCAAAAUCUACAUGGGCGGUUUCGAGCGCACCGAAUGGUUUCUACAAUUUCGCAACUAUGAUGGCACGCCCAAUCUCCUUACCAUGCUGAAUGCAAAGGACCAUGCUACUAGGAGGCGUAUUGUUUCCCAUGGCUAUUCCAAGAGUUACCUCCUUGGCUCUUCGGACUUCCAGCAGCUGUCGCACAUUUUGCUAUUUGAGCGGCUCUUACCAGUGUUAGAUGAUGCCGCACGAGCUGGUAAAGGCAUUGAUAUGUACAGCUUGGGAUGUGCAGCCGGCGCGGAGUUUAUGACCGCGUAUGGACUUGGUAGUGCAUUUGGCUUAGAUCUAAUGCGGAGAAGCAGGGAAGAUGAACGAAGGAUAUACCUAGAGAACAGCAAGAAAAAGGUACUGUACUUGAAAGGGUGCGAACGCGCAGCUAAGGCGCUGGAAGAGCAGCUUCUUCAGAAGUGUAGGGAAGCAGAGCGGUACCUGAACUCCAAGUCGUCGGCUCCUCAAGAUGGCAAGAGCCUGGAAGACGAAAAGGACAGAAAGGCACGGCAAAUUGGCAGCGAAGACCCAGAAUCAACCUCAACAUACCCUAUCGUUUACGCUCAACUAAUGAAUUCAAUACCCAAGAAAGAGCACGUAACAAAUCCACAAGAGACCAUUCGCCUUGCUGCGUCUGAAUUGCUUGACAAUACCGAGGCGGCUAGAGUGGGAAUCGGCAUCACACUAACAUACGCUAUGCAUGAACUCUCGCAACGACGGGCGCUUCAAUCUACUUUGCGCAAAGAAUUGACGACUGCGGAGCUGCCAUUCACGUAUCCUCUCCAACAUCAGUCACUCUCAACAUCUGUCCUACGGAAGCUCGACGGCCUUCCGCUAUUGGACGCCGUCAUUACAGAAACACUGCGCUUGCACCCAGCAGCCCCCGGGCCUCUGCGUCGUUUGGUACCUAAAGGUGGAACGAUUAUUGAAGGAUACUUCGUCCCAGCUGGUGCAACUAUCAGCACGGCGCCUUACUGCAUGCAUCGGUCCAAGGACGUAUAUCCAGAGGCGGAGUUCUGGAAGCCGGAAAGGUGGAUCGGAACGGCAGACUCUCCGAAUAAGCAACUUACCACAGUAGAUGAGGCUGGCGGGGGUCUGGAAAAUGGCAAGGCGGAGCACGAUCCACGUAGAUGGUUCUGGGCCUUCGGAAGUGGAGGGAGGAUGUGUGUUGGAAAUCACUUCGUUUUGGUCGUCUUGAAACUCCUCCUCGCCUCAAUUUACAUGAAUUACACAACUACGGUGAUUGAUGACGAAGGCAUCGAGCAAAUGGAGGAUUUUGUUGCUGUUCCGGUUGGGGACAAGCUGAUUUUGGGCUUCAGUCGUGUUGCCAUGGGCUGA